AUUCACCAGCACCGCCAACCCAAGAGGAGCAGAAAAAAAACAAGCACCCUACGAUUGUACGCUAGUCUUCAUUCUGCACAGACAGUGCCAUCUACAUCACAACUACCUAACUAACUAGCUCUUCCCACCUCCUCGGUAACCCCAUUCUUCAAUCUUCACGACCGCGACAUCUCACCUCGCACCUCCGUCGGAUAAGAGGCCAAAGACCGAUUCAAAAAAUGGAGUCCCCGAAGCUCUCCCCCGCCGUGCCCCCCCUAUCCACACCAAACAGAUCCAGAGCGUCAUCCCCUGGCUCGCGCCUAACUCUCGACCUCUCCUCCUUACCACCACUCACCCAACCAGCAACACCCACCAAUACACUCCUGAUAACCGUAAUCUCCCCCCGUCCAAUCCCCAUCCGAUCCCCACCAAAAUCUAACGUGUUCAACAGAACCUCAAUAACCCCUCAAUCUUCGACCCGAGCCACCUGCAGCAACUCCGCGGCGUGAUCGAAUCCUCGGCAACACUGGUCUCCUGGUCCCCGCUAAAGUCCUUCCGGCGGAUCGUGUGCUCUUUCGCCACGCAGGAGGAUGCCAUCAGCGUACGCCAGGUGCUGGAUGGCGAGGCAAUCAUGGGUGACCGCGCACGCGUCUACUUUGGCGAGCACACACCCGUGCAGCCGGUGGACCAACACCUGCAGGCGCCGGAGUCGAAGAAGCUCUUCUUCAUCUCGCCCCCACCCUCGCCACCGCACGGCUGGGAGCUGCGCAACGAGGGGCCGCCGAAUGCCGUCGUCGUCGCAGAGGACUUGGCGCAGGCGCUAGCGCGGCUCGAUUGGGUGAAGGCUGGAAAGGGUGGUGGUAGAGACAGUGGAGCGGAUGGUGCUACUAGCAUGGAAACGGGCGGGGCGUCCCCUACUCGCCGCCCCAGGUCCGCCAGCUCCGUCGUCCUGUUUGAGCCGGAGGAGGCCGGGAAUGGCGAGAAGAAGAUGCCUGCCAUAUCCGUCGAUGAUUAUACCGAUUCCGGCGACGAGACGAGUCCUGUUUCGCCGGCGGCUCCGCUCCCGCUACAUACCGCUAGGCCGCCUGUCGAGCUUAUCUAGGACGUUUAGACUUUUUGCUCUCUUUAAGCGUUUUUCCUUUUGCUUGCAUCAGAUUUCCGGUAUGGGUGGAUGGAGCGGUUGCGGGUUCUGUGUUUGAGCAGGGUGGAUGGAUGGGAGGGCGUCUUUCGGGGUGUUUCAGCUGUUUUUUUCUUUUUCUUUUUCUUUAUCCUUACCACGCAUUUCCCUACUGUAUCUUCCUCUACUUCCGCUGGCGUACCGGUAGAACAGGGGAAUGUGCGGAUUAUUAUUAGGCUCCGUCUAGUAUAAUCAGCGAAUAAGGGUGUUUGGAUCAGCGGAACUCUCUUUACCUUCCUUUUCCCUUUGUUAGUUCCACCUUACUGCACCUUUCCCCCUUCCCUUUUAUCCCGGAUACAUCAUUAGCCCUUGAAUUCAGUAAAUAUAUAUACAUUUUUCCUUUUUUUUUCUUUUUUCUGGGUCAUUUCUUCCCUUCAUUACCACCAUUAUCAUCAUUACGUUAAUGAGCUCUACACGAUAUUACACUCGCACUCCCACAUUCAAACCUUUCAUCCAACCCCAACCGACCAACCAAUUCCCCCUUUCAACCCCCUCCACACACACAAACACAAACACAAAUAGAAAUACAAAUCUCAUU